GCCCGGCCAUUACAUUACAGAUCAACAAACAACAGACGCACACUUCACAAAUAAUUGAUCCUAAAUAAAUACUCAAUAAACCCCGGAUCAAUUUCUCGUGAAACCAACCCUAUACAUAUAUUUAGAUAUAUACUAGAUAGAUAGAUACAGAUAUAGAAUAGAAUCCAUCUCCCAAAAUGGAUUUGUCAGAAUUGAUGGCUAUAUUCGGACCAGGUGUCGCCGGAGCUGUAUUCGGAGCAGGCUGGUGGUUUUGGGUUGACGCCGUCGUUUGCAGCUCCGUUAAAGUCUCCUUUCUUCAUUACCUUCCAGGAAUAUUUGCAUCCUUAGCUGCUUUGAUGUUUAAUUGUGUUCGAAGAGAAGAUAUCGAUUACUCUCCCUACGAAGAAGGUGAAUGGAGGUUGAAGCUUUGGCUUUUCCUGGCUUAUGUUGUGUCCUUUGUCUCGUUGGCAGCAUCAGUAGGGUUGUUGAUACAAGAUGCACUCGUGCCUGAAGGCCCGUCAGCUUGGACAGGAACGGCUGGUGUUUUGCAGUGUGUGCUUGUGUUGAUUAGCGGGCUUGUAUAUUGGACAUCUCAUUCAGAGUAAGGGGAGUGAAUUCCAAAGUGUCAUUUGUGAGUUUGGAUUAUCGUCUUUGUUAAGUCACUCUUGUACAUGUCUAUCUUCAUGAUCCAAGUAAACUGUAUGGGAUUGUAAAACACAGGUUCUAAAGUUUAAAAGUGAUUGACCAAAA